GCGCGAGACAAACGGCAAGACGGAGUCUAACGGGAGCGACAGCCGGUGGCGGCGCUGGUGGCCGCCGUGGUCCCGGCCUCGGUCGGCGGGGGCCUCACUGGCCUCGUCGUCGAUGAUCCGCUGGUCACGGAGGCAACUGGGAAUCGACCCACCCAAUCAGCUGGAUACAAGGACAGUUUACAUUGCCAAUCACUUUCCACCACAAAACCAUUACAUUCCUCAAAAGUUCGCUGACAACCGGAUUGUAUCAUCCAAGUACACCGUAUGGAAUUUUAUUCCAAAGAAUUUAUUUGAACAGUUCCGAAGAAUAGCCAACUUCUACUUUCUUGUCAUUUUUCUUGUGCAGCUUAUGAUCGAUACGCCCACCAGCCCCAUCACCAGUGGGUUGCCACUGCUCUUUGUAAUUACAGUUACAGCCGUCAAACAGGGUUAUGAAGACUGGUUACGGCAUAAAGCUGACAACGAAGUAAACAGUGCCCCUGUGUUUGUGGUUCGGAGCGGUUGCCUCGUUCAAACAAGUUCAAAAAACAUCAGAGUUGGUGACAUUGUGCGGAUAACCAGAGAUGAAACGUUCCCUGCAGACUUGGUCCUGCUGUCAUCAGAUCGGCAACUGGGGACAUGUUACGUCACCACAGCCAGCUUGGAUGGGGAGACAAACCUGAAGACUCACAUCUCAAUCAAGGAGACGUCUUUGCUGAAGACCUUUGCAGAACUAGACACCCUGUCAGCUGUCAUUGAAUGUCAGCAGCCAGAGCCAGACCUGUACAAAUUUGUGGGACGAAUGUCAAUAAAAACCCUGACAGAAGAAAUUGUUAGGCCCUUGGGUCCAGAGAAUCUUCUCCUGAGAGGAGCAAGCCUGAAGAACACUAAGGAAGUUUUCGGUGUGGCUGUUUACACGGGGAUGGAGACCAAGAUGGCUCUGAAUUACAAAUUCAAAUCGCAGAAGCGUUCAGCAGUGGAAAAGUCUAUGAACACCUUUCUAAUAGUGUACCUGGGGAUCCUGUUGUUUGAAGCACUGCUUAGUACCACUCUGAAGUACGUCUGGCAGGCUGACCACAAAUGGGAUGAACCGUGGUACACUGAGAAGACAGAGAAGCAGAAAAACAGUAGCAAAAUUCUGAAGUUUAUAUCUGAUUUCCUGGCUUUCAUGGUGCUGUACAAUUACAUCAUUCCAAUCUCUCUCUACGUUACCGUGGAGCUGCAGAAGUUUCUGGGCUCCUUUUUCAUCGUCUGGGAUCUUGAUCUGUACAACGAAGCGACAAAUGAGCGGGCGCUGGUUAACACAUCCGACCUCAAUGAAGAACUUGGGCAGGUGGAGUAUGUGCUCACUGACAAAACUGGAACACUGACUGAGAACGAAAUGAAGUUCAGGGAAUGUUCUAUCGACGGCAUCAGAUAUCAGUACGCUAACGGCCGCCUGGUCGCUGAAGGAGUGUCCAGGGAGCUUCAGGCAAAUGCAAACAAUCUUACUCAAGCAGAGUUGUUGUUCCUGAAGGCAGUGUCCCUCUGUCACACAGUCCACAUCAGUGAUCUAGAAUCUCAGAGCAACAAGAAACUCGGACAAGUCAGUGACUCAGACUCUAAACUGGAAUACUACGCAUCAUCGCCAGAUGAAAAGGCUCUGGUAGAAGCUGCCAGCAACAUUGGGAUUGUAUUUGCAGGAACCAUAGGAGAAAACGUAGAGGUGAAUAUUUUUGGGAAGCUUGAAAGGUUCAAGCUACUUCACACUUUAGAGUUUGAUCCAGACCGAAGGCGGAUGAGUGUGAUUGUGAAAACACCCCAAGAAGAAAUAUUUAUGUUCACGAAAGGAGCAGAAUCGUCCAUUCUUCCUUUUGUUAAAAGCGGACAACUGGAGAAAACACUGUCGCACGUAGAUCAAUUUGCUUUGCGAGGUCUGCGCACACUGUGUAUAACAUGCAGGAACCUGUCUGAAAGUGAGUACAAAGUGAUAGCAAGUCGGCUCCAUGCAGCGAGGACGGCCUUGCGGGACAGAGAACGAGAGCUGGCAGAGGCAUUUAACUUUAUUGAGAGCGACCUACACUUGCUGGGAGCUACAGGGGUGGAAGACAAGUUGCAAGACAAAGUCCAAGAGACAAUCGAAAGCCUCAGAAUGGCAGGCAUCAAAGUGUGGGUGCUCACAGGAGACAAGCAAGAGACGGCAAUUAGUGUGAGUUUGUCCUGUGGCCACAUUCACAGGACAAUGGAGCUUUUGGAACUUAGCAAUCAAAAGACUGAGCACGCUUGUGCCGAACAGCUCCAGAGGCUUCAAGGAAGAUUAAACCAGGGUCACCUGGUCCAACACUGCUUUGUGGUAGAUGGAACCAGCCUUUCCAUUGCACUCAGGAAACACGAGAAGCUGUUUAUAGAGGUGACCCAAAACUGCACUGCCGUGGUAUGUUGCCGAAUGGCACCACUGCAGAAAGCAAAAGUGGUGAGAUUGUUGAAGACCUCACCAGAGAAGCCCAUUAUCCUAGCUGUCGGUGACGGUGCAAAUGAUGUCAGCAUGAUCCAGGAAGCAAACGUGGGUGUAGGAAUAAUGGGCAAAGAAGGAAGACAAGCUGUAAGGAACAGCGACUAUGCAAUAGCGAGAUUUCACUUCCUCACCAGGUUGCUGCUUGUCCACGGCCACUUUUAUUAUAUUAGAAUAUCAAAACUUGUACAGUACUUUUUUUAUAAGAAUGUGUGCUUUAUCACACCUCAGUUUUUAUAUCAGUUCUUCUGUUUGUUUACACAACAAACCCUGUAUAACGGUGCGUACCUGACAUUGUACAACAUUUGCUUCACUUCCCUACCCAUCCUCAUGUUCAGCAUGCUGGAGCAAAUUGUGCCCCCUCACGUACUGAUGAGCAAGCCAGCUUUGUACAAAGAGAUUAGCGGAAAUGCGAACUUGUCCCUCAAAACAUUUCUGUAUUGGACUCUGCUAGGAUUUUGUCAUGCCUUUGUGUUUUUCUUUGGUUCUUACCUUUUGAUUGGAACCGACACACCCUUGAUGGGAAAUGGUCAGAUAACUGGAAAUUGGUCAUUCGGCAUGUUAGUUUUCACGGUCAUGUUUCUCACCGUCACUUUGAAGCUCUCGAUAGAGACACAUCAUUGGACCUGGGUAAAUCACUUUGUGACGUGGGGAUCGAUCAUUUUCUACUUCCUUUUCUCCUUCUUUUACGAAGGGAUAUACUGGCCAUUUUUAGAUGGACAUAGCAUGUACUAUAUCAGCAUUAAGAUGCUCUCCAGCUUUACCACGUGGCUCGCCUUUGCCCUGCUAGUAGUUGCCUGUUUGGUCCCGGACGUCCUAACGAAAAUAAUUUCCAGACACUUUCGACCUUCUUUAUCCGAGAAAUCACAGCUUUUGGAGCCCGGACCCAGCGUCUCGUGCUUGGACUCGAUGCGGUGUUACACGGGCGGGGAGACAGUGUGUGCGGCUCUUGGACGAGGUCUAGACCGGCUGGUGGGCCGCUGCAGCACCCUCCGGACCACCAGAUCUUGGAGUGACUCGGACCCCUACUGUACAAAUGACAGAAGCAUCCUGACCCUGUCUGCUAUGGAUGGCCCCUCGCAUGCUUGAUCAGGGCAGUUUUGUUGUUGGUUCUGUUUUGUCUUCGUUGUUUCUUUUUUUUAUAAAAAAUUAUUUGAGGGAAGCGAAGGCACAGGUCAGUGGGCAGACCAAUGGAAAAGAUGAGGCUUUUGUGGUGCCUCAUCAUUGCCUGGUCAUUGAUUUUUGAUGCGUUUUGAGUUUUUUUUUCUCUUUGGCCCCCCCCCCCAAAUACCCACCAGUUUAUUUACACGCAUACGUGUGUGUGUGUGUGUGUGUGUAUGUCUGUUACCCAAGUCGUCAAUCCAAAGAUAUAUACUGGCGAGGGGAGAUGUAAUAUUACCGCUAAGAUUGUGAUUUUAUUUGUAAAUAGUUAUAACUUAUCAUGACAAUCCCUUUCUCGGCAAUAGAUCCCCGUUUUUGUUAUGGGCGUGUGUGGGGGGAGGGGGGAUACAAUGGAUUUCCCUCACCCCUCGACACACUCAAUCCAAUCCAGUCACUUUGAGACAAUGGGUUGGUUUGGCAGCUGGAAAGGUUUCUUCUAUCCACUGUUGGGGGACUUUUGAAUCCCCCCCCACCCCCCUCAGUUGUUGAUAACCGAUCCCCUCAUCCCGAAUCUACUGGCUACUUCACUGACUUUUCCCGGGUGAAAUAGACAGGCGUUAGGCUACUGUUGGUUCCUACAUCUGAUUUGGGAUCGGUCGGUCAACAGCCUUAAAAUAUUGGCAACCUUCACCGGGGGGAAUGGGACUCACAACCCCAUUUAUCAGGGAAUCAAAACCAGCGCUGGUUGGGGUGGGGGGGAUCCAUGAAAGAUGGAAGACCUAGUUAUGGAGUUCGUGUUCUGCCAAGGUGAAUCCAAAGGACAUUAUCCCAGAGAAAGAUGGGAAAUUUCAGAAGCUGCUCACUUGCAUUUGGCAGGGAAUCAAAACCAGCACUGGUUGGGGGGGGGGGAAUACCCCAAUCCCUUACUUCCAACCUCCUCCCCUCGCCCCAACACCUUCCCCUCCAACCACCCCUUGAAAACAGCCUCUUCUCAAUUUCAAAGCUGGUCGCUUCCCAGGUUGGUUUCACUUUGGGAUUGUGUCUCCUUGGAACAGUGAAGUGUGCAGCGCAGGUCAGGGAGCAACACCUGGAGCCUCUUAAUGUCAGUCGAGCCCUUUGAAAGCAGCGAGGGCAAGGUAUUUGCUGUCAAACUUGAAAGAGCAAGGUAAAUUUGUGCCGUGUGUUUGCAGUGAACGAUUACACUGGUGCAGUGGGUGGGUGCAAACUGAUUUGCUGUGAGUGAAUCAGAGACAGAGAGAGAGAAAGCGUAAAGCCAGUUGAUGGGAGUUUUUACAUCAAUCUAAAUUGCAAUGGAAAUGCAUGUGUGUGUGGUUGGGGGGCGGGGAAGGGGGAGUGAGAAAUACUUCACUUCUGAUACAGGUAAAUGUUUUUUUAAAAUGAGCUGAUUAAAAAAUUAAUUUGACUGGGGUCCGUCCAAUAUCUUUUCAGUAUCCGGUGCAAGGAAAAGUGAUGGUACUUAAUGGUGUAGAGACCGACCCAAGUCAGUUGAUACCUUGAAAAUUAUUGAGACAUAUUGGUAAAUGUUUACAAAAAGUGUGCUUUAAUCAGAAUAUGAAAAACGAUCGGAUUCUGAUUUGUGUUUUUUUUUUAAAAAAGUGCCUUUGUCAAACGGUGAGGUGGGGGUUUAACGAAACGUUGUUUAAAUUUGUGUUGGAAAAUCUGUUUGAAAAAUCCUUAUUGUCCAGAACUUUGUUGCGUUCUUUUCUUUGUUGCAUAGUUUGUGAUUCCUUGUAUUGCUGCGGGUGGGCUGAGCGGGGAGGGCUAAGUUAAGAAGGGGAAGGUGUUUUGUGGUUGACUGGAGCAGUGAGCUGGUCUGUAUCUUCACUCUAAACUGCCACCAGUAAACAAAGGGAGAUGGUUGUGUGGAGUGUUAAUUCUCAAAAGCCACGUUUGUGUCUUCUGGCACUUUAUAAUAGUUGACUUGCACAGUGUGCAGUUACUUUGGCAAAAUUAGCAAUAAAAUGUAGAGACCCUUGGACUUCACAGUUUGUGGCUCUUAUCUUGGCAGUUAUUAAUGUUAUUAAUGAAAGAUAAUAUCUUUUUUUUGUGAGGGGGGCGGGGGGGAGAUUUCCAAUUUUUGUCUCAUUCCAAAACCGGUUCCGUUGGUUUAUUGUGCAUUUGUAUGUUCAUUAUUUACUGUUGAAACCAGGAACAGGGAAGGGGAACAAUAAAAAUCAACCUGUUCAUAAAAUGUAAAAAUAAAAAAAGUUUGUUUUGA